GCGGCGUUCUGCUUGCAGCCUGCGUGCGCCCCGCGCUGCCCCAGGCGUAGGUCAGCCAGAAUCAGCAUGUCUGGGGCUGAGGAAGCAGUUCUUAGCGGCCACGACAGCCAUCCUUCUGCGGGCAGUUCUGUAUUAUGCUUUGGACAGGUAACUAGUCCCUCACCUCCUGCACCUGCAAAGAAUGAGGUUGGUGGAGAAGGUUUGAAGAGGCAGCCUGAGGCAUCAUGAGACCGGAAAAGGGCAAGGGGAACUACCUAGAGGACAGAACUCGAGACAAGCAUCAGGGCUGGAGAGCUAGGACAGCAAGUAAGUACCAGUACACGGCGGAAGAGUACCAGGCCAUCCAGAGCGCGCUGCGGCAGAGGCUGGGCCCCGAGUACAUAAGCAGCCGCAUGGCUGGUGGCGGCCAGAAGGUCUGUUACAUUGAGGGGCACAGGGUAAUUAACCUGGCUAAUGAAAUGUUUGGUUAUAAUGGCUGGGCCCACUCUGUCACCCAGCAGAAUGUGGAUUUUGUUGACCUUAACAAUGGCAAGUUCUACGUGGGAGUCUGUGCAUUUGUGAGAGUCCAGUUGAAGGAUGGUUCCUAUCAUGAAGAUGUGGGCUAUGGUGUCAGCGAGGGGCUCAAGUCGAAAGCUCUGGCCUUGGAGAAGGCCAGGAAAGAGGCUGUGACAGAUGGGCUAAAGCGAGCACUGAGGAGUUUUGGGAAUGCACUUGGAAAUUGUAUUCUGGACAAAGACUAUCUGAGGGCACUAAAUAAGCUUCCACGCCAGUUGCCUCUCGAGGUAGAUUUAACGAAAGCCAAGAGACAAGACUUUGAACCAUCGGUGGAAAAAGCGAGAUACAGCAGCUGCAGGCGGAACACGGCUCUGGCUCUGGAACUCGCAAAACCACAGUGCGUGAUCUCCCCUGACAGACCGAGUCACUCAGACGGUCUCACUGUGGUGCAGGAGGAUAAGGACAGCAGCUCCAGAUGCGCUGCUGUUGAGAGCAAAGCCACCUACCAGCGGAAGCUCCGGCAAAAACAGUUGCAGCAGCAGUUCCGGGAGCAAAUGGAGAAGCAGCAGCAAGUGCAACCAUCUGCUCCAUCAGUUGAAAAGAAAGAAUCAUUGCCUGCAUGUCCAGUGCAACACAGCACUCCUGUAAUUGCUGCUUCAGAACCACCCACAGGAAAAGACUUGGAAGACACUCUUGAAAUGUGGGAUAUGACUCCAAACACGUGGGACAGUGUUGCCAAGACUUUAUCUAGUCCAGAACCAUCUGAGACUCCUGCUAUACCAAAAGUGAAGAAUGAGGUGGUGGCCCACAAUAGCAUUAGCCACCAGAAUCCACAAGCAAAAUCUGAACCCUGGUACCCACCAAAUCACAACCAACCUGUAACAGGAAACUAUGAUUCCUAUAAGAAAAACCAGGAUAUGAAAAGAAGGAAAUUGGAUCCAUCGUAAUCAAGCUCAGGCUACACCACCAGACUGUCACAAAAGGGCUUUACAAAUUUGUUCAUCGUUCCUAGGGAAUGAACUCUAUUUCCAAGGUUUUAUCAUGCUUAUUCUGAACUUUGAGGAUUGGACUACUGGGGUCGAUUACAGAUAGAGCUGUACAGUUGAAAAACCUGGGACUUCAAGUCACAUAGUGGGGAAAUUCUGAGGAAGAUUAAUACACUUAACUCUUGAGGCUCUUCACUAAUUAUCUCUGCAUCAUUAUGUUAAAUAAAGAUCAAAAUUUUAGGAAUCAUCAUUGGUUACAAACCCUUACACACUGUCAUGCUACUAAGUAUCAACUUCAGUAGUGACUCAAAAUAAAAUUGUCACCACUGCCAUCUCUUUUACUUUAGAGCUCCAUGUUUGUUUUUGUUUUGGGGACAUACCCAGUGGCACUCAGGCGUACUCCUGGCUCUGCUGAGGGAUCACUCUUGGUGGGAGGUGGGGGACCAUUUGGGAUGCCUUACCUGCUGUACUGUCUCUGUAAUCCAAGUGCUCCAUACUUUAACAUUAACCCCAUGGGUUAAUAGGCAUAACUCAUUUAUGUAUCUCAUCGCUGCAGAUGUAAGCUUGUAGGAUAACAUUGGUUUGUCCUUUCUGCCUUGCUACAGGGAGCUUAGGUUUAUUGGAUUACUUCUAUCACAGUGCUCUUGAGGCAUUUUCAUUCCUCUGUGACUAUCUGUAACCUCUUUCUUUGUGCUCUGUUUCCCCAACCAGUCAAUCACCUUUAUCUCCUAGUCAGACUGUUAACUUGUAAAUAUUUUGUUUCUUCUUCUUAGGUCCUUUGCAUAUUUAAAUAAGAGCAGUGUCCUUUUUGUAUAGACACAGGAAGACAGUUAAUGCUAUAUGCUUUUGUAACUUGGAGUUAAUUGACUACGAAUAAUAUUCAUCUUCUUGACUUAAGCCUCAGUUGCCCUUACUUCCUAGAACCCCCAAAGCAGGGUCCCGACGAUGGACUAGAUGGACCUAGGGCAAGCUGUGAGCUACCCUGGCAUCGAAAUGGGCCAGGCCAAGUGGACAAUGUCUGCCAUUAUCCAAAAAGCAACAGCUUGAUUAGGACCCUGCUAGGGUUAGGAAAGACUUAAUCUGGCCUGAGCACUGUAGUCUGGGAUCUGUAGCGGGAUGUCCCCAGGAGAGCCACCCUACAAGCUCAGUGUAUCUCUUACUGCCAUGUAAUCUCAUCAAUGGCCAAGACCCAGGGGCUAUAAAUUAAAACGGGAAGAGAAUGCCACAGAAUGUCCUGAGCUGUCUUCACUGGGGCACCUCAGAGGGGGGUGUGUUGAGUCUCUCUCCCUGCCCCAAGCAGAGCCCCGGCGGCCGAAAACCUCCAGAACCCAACCAACGCCAUGUGCAAGGCCACUCUACAUGCUCAGACUAGCCUCACACAAGAGGGGACGAGCCUCACCCAAGAUAGGAUGAAUCUUACCAGAGAGCAGACUGGCAGGAAAACCCAGGUAUGAUAUCUCCAAGCCCGCUUGGAGAUCUCCUCCCAGGUCCACAGUUUUCCAGAAGCUUGGCAGUCACACCCACAAACUGCCCCCAGCACCAUGUAAUCUCAUCAAUGGCCAAGACCCAGAGACUAAACUAACACUUCCAGAAGAGAGCAACACAGAAUUUCCUGGACAUUAUAUUCUAUUAAUAACAAGCAAUACGAAACAAAUCGUCUAACAUUGCCUUUCCGAUAGGUUUGAGUGGUGGUGGGCCUGGUGUCAAAAUACCGAAUGUAACCAAAGUAGAGAGAGAGAGGGAAAGUGUCUGCCACAAGGCAAGGGAAGGGUUGGAACGGGGGUGGGGGCUAAUACUGGGGGUUUUGGUGGUGAAAAUGUGUACUGGUGAAGGGAUAGGUGUUUGAUGAUUGUAUGACCGAAGCACAAACAUGGAAGCUUUGUAACUAUCUCAUGGUGAAUCAAAAAAAGAAAAAUGGGGGGAAUAAUAAAAUUUAAUAUUCAGAAUAGAAUAAAAAAAAGUAAUAUGGAGUUCAUGCCCAAUCCAAUCAGCUUUAUCAAUGGCUGAAUAAGUAGUGGUACUCCUACAUUAUAUAUUUAUAUAAAAUGUAGAUUUAAGAUGAAUGUUUAAAUGGUUAUUGUACUAAGGGAAAGAGAAAAACCCCUCGGUGGUAUUUCGCCCUUGAGCAGAUCUCCUGGCUGCAGGUGAUCAGGAAGGGCUUUCAUAUAUGGGACUUGGGUGUGGUUGCUACUGCCAAGGUUUUGGAGGGUGUGAGAGACGAGGGACCAGGACAUCAGUCGGAGCGCAGAGAGACUAGGAAGGGGGACAGGAGGAGACGGGAAUGAGGAGCUUAGUGAGACUGGAACAGGCGCGUGGGAAGAAUGAAAUAAACGGCAACUGAUCACCAAUCAGCCUGGCCCUCAUUUCCUCCUUCGUCCGCCCUUCGCAUCAGCGGUAACUGGUGGGGAAGCACUGCAAGACCACCAAAUGCAGGUGGUGAGAGAGCAGUGGGCUUCUGAUUCGUUUUAUGAAUACACAAAGCUGAAGGUUUGUGGUACCUCUGCAUCAAGCAAAUAAGUCUAUCAGCAUAAUUUCCCAACAACGUGCUAAUUUUGUCCUGUUUUGGCAAUAUUUCAGUUUUUUCAUUACCUGUUAAUAGUUGUAUCUGUGGCCAGUGAUCUAUCAUGUUACUAUUAUACUUUUUCUUGGGAGCCACAAAAUGCACCCAUAUAAUAUGGGGAGCUUGAUAAAAUGUAUUCUAACCGCUUUGCUAUUACCUCCCUAUUUGCUAUUACCUCUUUGAACAUUCUGAUACUAAGACUCACCAAUAUUGAAAUGUGAAAUGAAGCCAAUACUACACAUGAUUAAAUGUAGUGAGGAAAGAGUGCUGAAAGCCAAAACAGGCCAAAAGUGAGGCCUCCUGGGUCAGUUAGCAAAGUUGUGAAGUAAGAACAAGUUCAAAGGAAUGAAAAGUGCUGUGCAUGUGAAUAAAAAAGUGAAACAGCCCUGGGGAUAGCAUAAGGACGUUAACAUACUUAUCCUGUACAGGACCACCCAACUUGUUGCAUUCCUGGUGCUACUAUAUGGUAACUGUAUCUCAUACGGUAGCCCUGGCAGCACCAGGAAUCACUGAACAGAGCCAGAGUCCUGAGGACCAACAGGUGUGGUAAAAAAGAAAAAGGAAGCAACAACAACAACAAUUAGCCAAGUGGCUUGUGGCAUUUAAAGGUAGAAAACAGUUACGCAAAAGUGCAAGGUGAAACAACUUUGAUGUCAGCUCUGCAACAGAUUCUCUGAAGAUACAUCAUUGAAGAUUGUCAUUACUCUCAUUGAAGGCAGCUUAGCUAAACCACCGAUUUUUCAAUGUAGAUGAAACAGUCUUCCACUAUAAAAAGCCAUGUAGGAAAUAACAGCUAGAAAGAAGUCAAUGCCUGGCCUUAGUUUUUCAAAGGUCAAGCUGACUCUCCUGUUAGGAACUAAUGCAGCUGACUUCCUUAAAGUUGAAGCUAGUGUUCAUGUACCAUUUUGAAAUCCUAAGGCCCUCAAGAUCUGUGGAAGAUCUACUUUGCCUGAGCUCUAUAAAUGGUAACAGUAUAUUUACAGUAUGGUUUACUGAUUGUCAGCUUACUGUUGAGACCUACUGAUCAGAAAAGAAAGAUCCCUUUCAAAAUAUCACUGCACUGGCUUAUAAAUGUACCUGGUCAGAGCUCUGAUGGAUAUACAGUGAGACUGAUGUGUUUCCUUGUCUAUGGCAGUACAGUUUGUGAGUCAAGGGGUAAUGUUGACUUUUGUGGCUAAGAUAUUUUGUAAGACUAUCGUUGCCAUAGAUGAUUCCUGUGAUGCACGUCAAUAAAGUAAAUCAGAAACCUUUUGGAAAGAAUUUACCAGUGGUUCUAAAUGCCAUUAAGAACAUCCAUGAUGCAUCACAUAAGUUGGUAAAGUAAUAGUAGGGUUUAAGAAGAUUUGACUUAAAAAAACUGUUGGGGGGUGGCAAUGCUCAGGGGUUACUUCUGGCUUUGCAUUCAGAAAUUACAGUGCUUGGGAUCCAUAUGGGAUGAUGGGGAUGAAACCUGGCCAGCCAUACGCAAGGCAAGCAUCCUAUCUGCUAUAUUCUUUUUGGCCCCUUGUUUAAUUGUGCUAUAGAGAAAUCUUUCAAGAAAGGAUGCCUCAGAUGAUAUGGCAAACUUCACUGUCUUAUUUUAAGAAAUGGCCCACAGUCAGCAACCUGAUUAGUCAUAGAACGAGACUUCAUUAGUGAAGUAUGACCCACUGAAGGCUUAGACAGUGAUUAAGAUUUGAUAGCAAUAAGGCAAUUCCAUUUUAUUAUUAUUUUUUUUGUGUGUGUGGGGGGUCACACAGUACUUAAGAGUACACCUUGCUCGGUGCUUAGGAAUUACUCCUGGCAGUGCCAAGAGACCACAUGCCAGGGAUUUGAACUAGGGGCUGUCAGAGUCAAGUGCCUACAUUUGUAGGCUUCAGUCUCAGCAAUAAGGCACUUUAAAUUAAGGUAUGCACUGGGCCAAAUGUAGGGUGAAUUGCUUUAUUAUAGUUGCCUAGAACCAAACUUAUAGUAUCUCAGGUGUAACUAUGCUGUUAUACUAUGAACAAAGACUACAAGGGGUGUAUUAUUGUGUUACAUAAUUCAGGCUACAGUCUUCAUCUUUGGUAACUUAAUAAGACUUCUGGAUCAUUAUGUAUAUUUUCCUAAUCAAAUGAUCUAUGAGUGGAGACAUUAUUUGGAAGAAGCAAAAUACUUUGUAAUAUAAUAAUGUAAAUAGCUGUCCCUAGUUUUCUACUUGAAAUGUGAGAUAUGACCCACCUUAACAUGAAACUUUUUUUUUAGUGCUUAGAAUGUUUCAUAAGAAAAUGGGAGGAAUCAACCUCCCCAACUUCCAACUCUACUACAAAGCGGUAGGAAUUAAAACAGCAUGGUACUGGAACAAAGGCAGAGCUGCAGAUCAAUGGAACAGGGUUGAAUACUCUGACACCCCCUCCCAAAUAUACGAUCAUCUAAUCUUUGAUAAGGGAGCAAGAAAUGUGAAGUGGUGCAAGGAAAGCAUGUUUAACAAACUGUGCUGGCAAAACUGGACAGCUACAUGGAAAAAAUGGGCUUAGACCUCCACCUGUCACCAUGUACAAAAGUCAGAUCAAAAUGGAUUAAAGACCUCAACAUCAGACCAGAAUCCUUAAGGUACAUUGAAGACAAGGUCGGCAAAACCCUCCACAACAUUGAAGCCAACGGUAUCUUCAAAGCUGACAUGCCACUGGCCAAGCAAGUGAAAACAGAGCUAAAUAAAUGGGACUAUCUCAAACUAAGAAGCUUCUGCACCUCAAAAGAAACAGUGACCAAAAUACAAAGACAAUCUACAGAAUGGGAAAGGGUAUUUACGCAGUACCCAUCCGAUAAAGGGUUGAUAUCAAGGAUAUACAAUGCACUGGUUGAACUCCACAAGAAGAAAACUGCCAACCCAAUCAAGAAAUGGGGUGAUGAAAUGAAUAGAAACUUUCCCAAAGAAGAAAUCCGAAUGGCUGAGAGGCACAUGAGAAAAUGUUCAACAUCACUAAUCAUCAGGGAGAUGCAGAUCAAAACAACGAGAUAUCAUCUCACACCACAUCCCCAAAAAGAAAAGCAACCGGUGUUGGCGUGGAUGUGGGGAGAAAGGGACUCUCCUUCACUGCUGGUGGGAAUGCCGACUGGUUCAGCCCUUUUGGAAAACAGUAUGGACGAUUCUCAAAAAAUUAGAAAUUGAGCUUCCAUUUGACCCAGCAAUACCACUCCUGGGAAUAUAUCCUGGAGAGGCAAAAAGGUAUAGUAGAGAUGACAUCUGCAUUUCUAUGUUCAUUGCAGCACUGUUUACAAUAGCCACAAUCUGGAAAAAAACAGAGUGCCCAAAAACAGAUGACUGGUUAAAGAAACUCUGGUACAUCUACACAAUGGAAUACUAUGUAGCUGUCAGAAGACAUGGUCAUGAAAUUUGCAUAUAAGUGGAUCGACCCGGAGAGUGUCAUGUUGAGUAAAAUGAGUCAGAAAGAGACAGACAGAAAGAUUGCACUCAUAUAUGUAACAUAAAGUAGCUGAGAAGUACAAGCUCGCAAUGAUGCAAUCUCUAGCAGUUAUUUCUCUGGACUUAGUUACUAAAAUACAGAAAUCCAAAAUCAUGCGGCUGUUAGACCCCUAUCUCUUCAUUCUCAGCAAUGGAAAACAAAUGCUUCCUUUUCAGCAGGUCCGACUUUAGGGGGGAGAAACUCCAAAUAAUAAUAGUGAGUUUUUUGUUGUUGUUGAAAUAUUGAAUGUAAUCAAAGUAAAGUGAAAGAAAAGUGAAAUUUAUCAGUUACACGGGGCGGGGGGCAGUAUACUGUGAUUCUUGGUGGUGGAAUAUGUGCACUGGUGAAGGGAUGGGUGUUUGAGCAUUGUAUAACUGGGACUUAAACCUGGAAGUUGUGUAACUUUCCACAUGGUGAUUCAA